AUGAUAUCUGCAAUAGAACAUCUUAUUGGUCACUUCAGUCCACCAGAGUACUUUGAUCUCGAUCUUUCAAAUAGUAGUGGUCUGAGUUCAGCCGAUAACGAGAUUAAAUAUUUAUCAAAUUCUUUUGCUCAAGUUUUAGUAAUUUUUGAAGAUCUAACUAUUUCAACUAUAGUAGAUGGAAAGUGCUUGGCUAUUUACAAUACAUCCUUUUCAGGGUUAAGGAUUGAUAUACAACAUCAAGAGGAAACUUUGGUACCUUGCAUAAAGCCCCUAUAUAGUAUUGAGCUACCUUGCAACAUUACUUGCACUCCCAAUUUGUACUUCAACACAGAAGAAUCAAUUUUAUCUAUUUCUUUUAUACUUCAGGAUGGCCUUUUUUAUACUACAGAUAUAAAAAUAACAAGAAAAGAAUCAGCUUCAAUAUAUUUGCUAUGUGAACUUCGUACAUUCAGUAGUAUUACAAAACUUACUAAUAUUACAUGUAUAUGUAGAAUUUCGGCUGAAAGAUUUAUUUUUGGAAGUACUCUGGGUACAUUUGAGUUAAUUUUUAAUAAAACGUCAAAUACAGAGAAUGACACUUCUUUAGUUUCAAUAAAUACUCUAAACCAAAAUAGGGCCACGACCAAUGUUUUAAACAUCAGUAUACAAGACGAUCAUAUAAUACAAGGUGUUAUUACUUUUUGUGAAGAGUUACCUUCCUUAUUAAUAUAUAAUAUGUAUGAAGAUCCUACAGAUAAACAACUUAAAUAUUCACUUAGCUGUCAAUUUACAAAUUUUCCCUUUGAAAAGACUUCAUUAGAUUCAAAGCUAGUAGUUUCUAAUGACGGUAAAUUUUGUAUAUUACUUUAUAGAAAUAGAAUUUAUAUUUUUGAGAUAACAGUGGAAAAAUCUUAUUUAUGGACAUCUAAAAGAAACAUAGGUUUGAAGUUGACAAACAUGAUGACUUGUACUGAAUUUAAUUGUUUUCAGUCAGAUUUUCCAAAUAUAAUGUACCCUAGACAUAUUGAAUUAACAAAUUCCGAUAUAUAUCUAACAACUGUUCGUUGGGUUUAUCCUGGUGAGACUCAUUUGCAAUCCUUUGACUUUUACCCAAUAUAUGAAAUUCAUAAAAUUCAUCUAGACCAUCACAAAUACAAAAGAACAUAUGUAUGGUCACAAUGUAUGGAACUUUUGCUAGCUGAAUGGACCGAUAGUGAGAGAAGUAGUUUAACCACUAAGGCUUCUAGUUAUAUAGCUAACAAAAUUAAGACAACAAGUGAUAUAAUAAAAGAUUUUAAAUCAAUACUUUUGAAAGUGAAUUUAAAUCCAGUUAUAAUAAAGACAGUAAUUAAGAUCAUUUCAACUUAUAUAAUGGAGAUAACUAGUGGAUCUCUUAAUUUGUUUUACAAAGAUUAUGACUCAACUCAUAAUGCACACAUUUUCGAUAUUUUGGAUUUGUGUAUACUUUCAUCUUUAUAUCAAUAUAGCAAAUGUCACAAAGUUGAAAUACAUAGUCUUAUUACUGAGAAAUACUUUUGUGACUUUAACUCCUCCUACUUAUCAACUUUAGUAGUUAAAAAUAUGAACGAUAACGUUACUUUUUGUAAUAUUCUAAUUAAUAAUUUUGAAAAAGCUCUGCAGAUAGUCCGCUAUUUCCAACGAUCAAAUAAUUUAUAUUUGAAUUUAAAUAAGCUAGAAGAUGAUACUAUUGUUAUUACGACAGUAUCUUCAUUUUCAAUAUUGGUUGAUAUAACUGAUAAAUAUAGUCGGAACAAAAUUAGUCCCUAUAUAAAUAUACCAUCAAAGCCAUUAUCUACAACUCUAUAUAUGCUUUACCAGAUAAUUACAAGUAUUAUUUCAGCUUCGAAUAGUGAAGAAAUUAGCUCUAAUUUAAGCAAACACUAUCUUCAGGAUAUAAGUGUUCCGAACUCUACUUUACUAUACUUACUUUCAAUACUAGCACUUAUACAUAAAAGGAAAUUGCACUUUUACUCAAAUGAAAAUUGCGACAAAAUUAAAGAUGAUAUAUCAACUACUAAUUUAAAGUCAUAUCAUGACCUUAGCAAAUUAGAUAAUAACAGGUUUACCACAUUAUUGGAUGGAGUAUGUGAUUUUGAAAAUUUAUUUACUAAUAUAUCAGAUAUUUGCAAAUUAAGUGGAAAUAUAUUCUCCAAAAUUCUAUCAAGUUACAAUAUAAUAAAUGGUCCAACAUUCCCAGAAUUAAUCGUAAGUGCAAGAAAGCUAUACUGUUUAGGGAGUCAUAAAUCUCUGGAAAUUAACAUCUCAUCUAUUAAUUCAAUGGAACUAUCAAUGAAGGCAUCUUUAAGACAAAAUCAAUUUGUAUAUAUUGCUAGAUGGCAUAAAUUUAUUUUAAAUAGUGUUCAUCAUCUUACUAAUUAUUUAAUAUUUAACCAUCAAAAUAAUACAACUCAUUAUCAAGCAUAUAGUAUAAAUGAAAUUUCUAAAUUAGAAUCAUAUUCAAGUGAAGAUUUUAUUGAUGAUGAAUCUUUGAUUUUAGAUAGACAUAUAAUAUCAUUUCAAAAUAGUAUUCUCUUCAAUGGUUCUGGACCAAUAAUUUUAUUGCAUGGCCAGAAGAAUUGCCAUGUGACAGAUCGGAACUUAUCUUUGAUAUUAGAGGAAAUAACGAAUUUUGAUUAUAUCUAUUUGAUUAUCAGUAGCCUAUGUAGAAUUUUCUCAAGUAGAAAUAAAUCACAAAGCAUACUUCUCAAUUAUGUUUUUUUGAGUACAGUGGAGAUUUCUCUUUGUUCAUGGGAUGCUUUAAUACUGAGAUUAUGUGAAUUAUUUACACCUUACAGUGACAAUAUAUAUAAUACACAAUAUAUUGAAAUUCUUCCUUUACUAUUAAAUGCUACAAUGGAUAUUCUAAUAAUAAUAAAAAAAUUUGAUAUUAACAACUCCCCAUUAUUUGGAGAUAAUAAACAAUUAAUUGAUCCUAUCACAGUGAAAUUUCAUUUUACAUGGCUAAUUAUGUAUGAUAGAGCAUUAGAUAAAAAAACUCAGGAAAUUUUUGAUUCAAUUUGUUCAGAUGAAGAUUUAUGUUAUGCUAUUAUAGAUAUAUACCUUAAAGUGUUUAAUCAAAUUAGUAUGUCACAUCCUUUAAAUGCAAUUGUAUUUAGUAAACCAAGUUUAAAAUUAUUAUUUUUAAUUAUUCGAUAUAACAGCUCAAUGAUCAAAGUAAUAUCUCAAUAUCCAUCUUACCUUUUUAUAAUGAAAAAAACCACUUAUAUGAUUCGUAAUGAGCUAAUGGAAUACUCAUAUCCUUUUCAAGAGUCAAACAACCUGUAUAACAUAUAUAAGACUAGUGCUAUACAAUAUACUUUUUUACUACAAAAAAGUAGCACAUACUCUGAAAUUGUUGAGUUUGUUCAAUCCUCCUCCAGUAUACUCUCUUCACCUAACCAACGCCUUGUUCUAAGUAUGACAAUAUGGUUAGCUAAUACUUACAAUAAUAAUUACUUAGAUGAAGAAUGUAUUAAAAAAACCAAUAAGAUUCUUUCUAAAGCAUUCUCAUAUGAUGAAUUAUUUCAUUUAUACUCUUUAUUGGUAAAUAUUUUUUGGUACAACCAGUCACUAUUUUCAUCAAUCUGUACCAUUUCAAAAAAUAAGAAUUUUAGAGCUUUAAUUUUUCACUAUCUCAUUUCAUCAUUGGAAAAUCCUUUAGAUAUCGCUGUCUUAUCAUAUCUUUAUUCAUUGAAGUUAUACUCAGAAAUAAUUAAGGAUAUUGACUUUAAACAUUUGUUAUUUCCUCAAAACUGGCUUAAAUUCAGCCGUGAAUCUACAAUUAGUUUGACUAUAGAUAUCAACUCAGUACUUGAUGAUAUAUCUAAAAGUUUAAUUGAUUUAACUUCUAUAGGGAAUCUCUCGUAUGAAGUCCAAAAUAAAGAUGAAAAUAUGUUGCACCAAGUAACUUCUAUUUUGACAUGCUUAAAUAUAUGCUAUAAUGAACUAAGAAAAGCAAAUAAAGAUGAUUUAGCUUCAUAUGACGAACCUAUUUGCAUUCCAUCUGUAUUUUAUUCUCUAAUUCUUCCAGAAACGCAAUUCUCACAAUCUCAGUUUGUUACAUAUAUUCCCUCAAAGGAAUAUCUACUAUAUUUACAAUGGCAUAUCUAUGGAAUAUAUAAACUGAAAGCAGCUUACAUAUCUGAACCACUCCAUAUCCCCUAUUCUUACCAUCUUUUAUAUGGCACACAUAUGGCUGAAUACAAAGAACUUCUUAAUUUUAAUGGAAUAUAUACAGAGCCUUACUUUUUUAUAGAGUCUAGUAAAACAGAUGAUUUUUUUUUCUUAUCUCCAAUAGAACUUGUACAGAAUUUAGCAAUCAAUGGAUUCUGUAAGACAGCAUUUCGACUUGUCUGUUUACUUGAACAGAGCAAACAAAGUGUGAACUACAAAGCAUACAUUAGAAAUAUUAAUUAUGUUAAUCACAGGAUCCGAGAUUUUGUACCCCCUUAUUUAUAUCCCAAAAUAAGAAGAACUCUUGGGUAUUGGACAUUAUCUUGUUGCUUCAUUACGCAUAACAAUCCCAAAAUUUUUAAUAAAUUGCUAAGCCACCCCAAGGUAACAAAUGAAAUUGGUGAAUUCUCACUUGUUAAAAGACAUGCUUCAGAAUUCUCAUUAUUUAUGCCCUCAAGUAUAACUGAAAUAAUUUGGCAAAGUGGCAUCAGAGAAAAUGAAAAUGAAAUUUUUUGUAACUUCUCUGAUAUAUGGCAUUUAGUCGUAGAUCAUUUAAACUCGUCACAAGAUUAUUCUUUAGGAGUAUAUAUUGGCUGUUUACUACUUAACAAUAUUGCUAAGGUCAAGUUACUAGGGGGAGUUGAGUUUCCUGAACCUUUGAAACAAUUACUAGAUAAACCUGAAAAUCAAAUACUAUUUAACAAAUCUUUUGUAUUAAAUGACGCACUUUUUUUACAAUCCCUUAAUAAUCUUAUGGACAAUUUAAUAUAUUUAGAGUGCUACGGAGAAGUCACGAAGUUGUUAUGUAGGCUUAUCGAGCAUCACGAUUGUAUAUUCUCUAUAUUGGUUGUUUAUAGACUCAAGAAUAUUAUACCUAAGUCAGUUGAUUUAAAGGAGUCAAUUGCAAUGUUGGACUUAUUACUGGAAAAAGGUUUCCAAAAUGGGAGAUUUAUCUAA